GAUGGAUUUUCCACAGCAUAGUCACCAGGUCCUGGAGCAGUUGAAUCACCAGAGACACCUUGGUCUGCUCUGCGACUGCACCUUUGUUGUAGAUGGCAUUGACUUCAAAGCACACAAGGCAGUGCUGGCUGCAUGCAGCGAAUAUUUCAGGACAUUGUUCUUGGACCAGAAAGAUGUAGUGCACCUUGACAUCAGCAAUGCAGCAGGUCUCGGCCAGGUGUUAGAAUUCAUGUACACGGCCAAGCUGAACCUGACCUCGGCGAAUGUUUUUGAUGUUCAGGCAGUGGCUGGCUUCCUUCAGAUGCACGACAUUGUCAGCACCUGUAACACUUUCAUCGAAGGUAUAGAGACGCCAGGCAGUGAUGGAAAGCAAGAGAAAGAGCUGGUCACAGAUAGUCCUGAGGAACAGAAGAAGGACCCAGCUGAUGAAGUGAAGGAUGAAGCACCAGUGGAGUCAGAGGAUGACGAUACAACAAUGGAGUUUGAAGAUGACGAAGACAAAGAUUACAAGCCUGGAGACACUGUGAAAGAUGCUGUCUCGAAGAUAUAUGGUAAACGCCGGCACCUUCCUGGCAGGAAAAGCAUUUCGAGUGACAGCAAAGAUGCCAGGAUUUCAGAAAAUCCAGAUGAAGAGACAGCAGAAGAUGAGUUGAGUGAGACAGAUAAAGUGGAGCAAGAUGAAGACACUGAGAUAAAAGAGAAUGGGGAUGUAAUGACACACAGUCAUGGAGACAGUGGGGCACAUUCUGAAUUCAGUGAAAAGCUAGAUGCAGCUUCAGAAUCAGACGCAACAUUGGAGGAUCAGGAUGGUGCUCAUGACACCAGACGUCGUCGCUUUGGACCAUACAUCGACCGCACUGAAUCCCGUCCUUAUGGCUCAAUAACGCACAAAUGCAAG